UUAUCCAUAUGCGCAUGCGCGAAUAGUUUCUAGUGAAAACAAUAAUAUUUUCAGAAUAAUUUUGACAGAUAAAAAUGUCAUACAGGGAUUUAAGAAAUUUCACUGAAAUGAUGAGAGGUUUAGGAUAUGUCAGGCUCAUAUCAAUGGAAAACUUUAGAAAUCCAAACUUCCCCUUGGUUGCAGAAGUUUUAAAAUGGCUUGUUAAAAGAUAUGACCCAAGUGCCGAUAUUCCAAGUGACACAGAUACAGAGCAGGACAGGGUUAUCUUCAUCAAAUCAGUGGCAGAGUUCAUGGCCACAAAAGCUCACAUCAAGCUGAACACCAAAAAGCUGUACCAGGCUGAUGGGUACGCCGUGAAGGAACUGCUCAAGGUAACAUCUGUGCUCUACAACGCCAUGAAGACCAACAUCACAGAGAACGACGACAGCACUGGUGAUGAUGAAAACACCUCCAUUACAUUUGACAUCUCAUCCAGGAUUAGUGAGCUAAAAGAGGCUCGUAGACUGGCGUCGGAGAUCACCAGCAAAGGGGCGGGACUGUACGACCUGCUCGGCAAGGAAGUCGACCUCAGGGAGCAGCGAACAAUGGUGAUAGCGCGACAGUUGGAAAUCAACGAUGUGGAGUCGAGUCUUGGAGCUUCUAUCAAGGCAGUUGAGAAUGAGAUCCGGAAGACAUUGCACAUGUUGGACAAUGUGGCAUCAGACGAGGCAAACUUGGAGGCAAAGAUUGAGAAGAAAAGAAAUGAGCUGGAACGGAACCAGAAACGUCUCCAAACCCUCCAGAGCGUCAGGCCAGCAUACAUGGACGAGUAUGAGAAGCUAGAGGAGGACCUACAGAAGCUGUACGAUGCCUACCUGAUACGCUUCCGUAACCAGGCAUACCUGGAGUCCCAGCUGGAGGAGUACAACCGAGUAGAGCAGGACAAGUCUGAGGAAACCGAGUCGAAGCUGAAUGAGAUGGCAAUGAAGCUGAAGAGCGAGGAGAAACAGAGCCUGUUCCUUGACAACCGGGGUGAAGAUGAGGAUGAGAGUGAGACUGAUAGCGAGGAGGAUGAUGAAGACGCAGAAAACCAGGACCGGCCCAACGCCCGACGAAACAGACCCACAGAUCAACAAAUGGAUAUUGCUGCUGGGACUGGUGGGCGUGUCCAGGGUAACAUGAUGGGCAACAUCAGUGAGGAGUCAGGGUCGGACGAGUCUGGGGACUCUGAUAUCGACCUGGAUGAGGAUGAGCAGGACGAUGAUGAUGAUGAUGAUGACGGUGAUAGCGACGAUGACAUUCAGAUGGGCGCUGGCACCCAGAACCCUCGCCGCAGACACCCACAUCCUGCAGAACUCAACGAUAGUGACAAUGACUUCUAGUCUCUCAGUUGAUAAAGGGAAUAGACAUUUGUAUUUAGAGGUCGAUGUUUAUUUAGAGGUCGAUGUUUUAAAUUUUGAAGUGGAAAAAGAUGCAUUACAUCAUAAACAAGGAUUUAUUACUGUGUUUUUUGUAAUGUAUUACAAGUACAACAUAGACAACAGUUAGAUAUGGGCCAGUUUUAUGCUACUCAUACCUUGUUAUGUUUGCCGACAGAAGUGUCAAAUAGACAACAAAAAUUAUUUCUUAACAUUCCGUCCAUGUAGGUAGUAAAAUCUGUGUUUGCUAUUUAUUGAAUAAAAUUAAUGUAUGUACCAGCA